AUGUCAAUGGGUCACGGCGGUGCCGGACCCGGAGAGGGAAUGGAGCAGUUCUAUGAAAACUUGCAACCUCACUGGACUGGCGUGGAUACAUCUCCCUUUGUAGCCGUUAGCAACCCUUACUGUACGGGACCCUACCAGCCAGGCGCCGGUGCCAUCUUGACCCCGAUCAGUCUCCCGGACAGCUCCUUCGUUCAGACAAGACCUAGUCCGGUUCUCAGCCAUCAUUCGCAACAAGAUUUCCAAUACAACAUCAGGGACUCUAUUCCUGUGCAUGGGCUCGGGAUCACCGCGCCGCUUCCCAGUGAUUUUCCUCGAACCGUCACUGCUGGUCUAAACUAUGGCCUGGAAGAUCUAGAAUACGGCAUGCAUACUCAAUCCCCUCAACCACCCCCAGCCAAAAGGCAACGACGAACCUCCAAGCCUACACCACCGGUACGAGACACUCCGGUAUCAAUUCUUCCACACCCCGAUGGGCUCCAGCGCCUGGAACAGGAGCGACGCCACGAGCCCGUCGAAGUUCCACCACCACAACAGCGACCACGAGCCCCGGGGCGAGGCCGCAAAGACCCUCAAGCAGAGGAAGAAGACACCUACGUGGAACGAUUACGGGAGCAGAACUUUGCCUGGAAGGCCAUCCGAGAGAUGUUCCGCGAAAGGUUCCACAAGGAUGCUACGGAAGCACGUUUACAGAUGCGAAUGCUGCGCAGGCGCAAGGAACGGUUAGCCCGGUGGGAUGAAAACGAUAUACAGCUUCUAAUAAGAGCACGAGAUUGCUGGGAGCAAGAUAAAUACCACUUUAUUGCUCAAAAGAUGAAAGAACUCGGGGCUAAACGAACAUAUUCACCCCAACAAUGCGAAAGCCAACUACAAAUGCUUGAUUCACCAGACCAGGGGCAUGACCCUGAUCCUGACCCAGUCCCUAUCCCUCCUCCCCCUCGAAUACACGACCCCCAACAUUCUCGGCGACGAGCUGCUCUGAAAUCCGCUAGAAGGACGAAGGAGGCUACGGAAAAGUAG